CCUUGUUACCUAGCUAUAUAAACACGGAGUAAUUAGUAUUGAGCCAAAUCCACCGCAAAAAAAACACAAAAAAAACAUCUUAUUUUGAUUUUGGUUCUGAUAGAAUAGAAUGAUAUGCUUGUUGCUCGUGUGCGGCCGAGAUGAGAGGGUGGCGGCACGGUGGCCGGCGGCGGGAGUGUGCCCUAUCUGCGGCGGAGCAGUUCAAGCCGUCGUGGUGGAGAGCCAAUGGAAUUUCUGCUUCUUUCCUCUCUACGCAAAAACCAAGCAAAAGUUUUACUGCACCAGCUGUUUAAGCCGCUUGAUUCUAAUUCAGGGAACAAAUCAAUUCCGCAUUAUUAUUCGAUGUAUAUAGCUAGGGAAAGUGAGCAGAUACGCGUUUCUCUGUGCUUUUAAACUGACUUAUAAGGUGUUUAUAACCCAGAAAAAAUAAGUAUAUCUUACUUACUUAUUUUUAAAUCAGUUUUUUCGUUUCUUCAUUUUGAUGAGAUUACUUGCAAAAUUAUCUCUCACCUAUUAUGAGUAUUCCCAAAUGACUUAUAUACCAUUUAAGUCAUUUAAUCUACAUAAAAAAAUUUAAUUUAUAACCAACUUAUAAAUUAAAAACUGCUUAUAAUU